AUGUCUGAGCAAGAGCGCAUACAGGAAUGCCUGAGGAAAGAGAUAAGGUCACUUCUGAUUUCCACCAAAGAUGGUUUGACCCCACAACAGUUGGAAAAGGAAUACCUUUUGAUGGUUGGCAGCCAUCUACCACUCCGAACCCUUGGGUAUCGGUCUACCAUGGAGCUGGUGUUGGACAUGCCUGAUGUGGUUAGUGUCUGCCCCUGUGGGGAUGGUGCAGUGAUACUGAAAGCCAUUCCAGAUGAAUCCACCAAAGGAAUAGCAAGUUUAGUUGCAAAGCAAAGGAGGAGCCAUAAGGUUCGAAACUUCAUGCAAAAGGGAAGAGUCAGUGUUUGCACUGGGCCAAGCUCUCGUAGAAUUCCUUACCAUGGAAGGGUGCCCCCUAUUCUUCCAGCUGUUGUGAAGAGUGAGUUAAAAGACCUUUUGGCAUUGUCACCUGUUCUUCUUUCUGAUUUUGAGAAGGCAUUUGCCAAGCGGUUUGGACGAUCCUUUCAAUAUAUGCAGUAUGGAUUUCUCUCUAUGUUUGAAGUGCUGAAUGCUGCUUCGGACAUCAUUUCUGUAGAGCAGACCAGAGCAGGUUCUUUGCUGACACUAAAAAAGAGUGUUUCAGAGGAAAAGCAGAGAGGAUGGCCAGCAGGUAAAAUUUUUACUCAGCCAUUUAGAAUGAAACAACAGGGGUCAUAUUCUACAGGCUUUCCGGUAGUAAAGACAUGCUUUUCACAAUCCACUUCAAACAUGGACCCACCAAAGCAAAUCCUGAGCAUGGAGAAGACUCCCACAUUCAGUGCAGCAGAAACUUCAAGGCUGAACCACACUGAAAAGUUAAACCAGUUGGAGAACACAUUCAAAUCAGUGAUUGCACAAAUUGGACCUGGAGGGACUAUUGAUCCAGACUUGAAACACAAGAUAAAAUUUGUUGUAUCCAAGUUUCCACAAGGCUUGCUUAUUUCUAAACUGCUUGGAGAAUUUGAGGUAAUUUUUAAAGAGCAACUUUCUCCAAAAAAACUAGGCUUCUUAAAUGUGACAGAACUUGUUGGAGCUCUUAGUGACAUUCUCCGUGUUGAGUUCAGUGAAGAAAAACAAGACCUGCUAGUGUUUGAUGCAGACCUGAAGCUUGUGUCACUUGAUGGAGCUCUUUCAUCAGUCAGACACUCAUGUUUCGUUCAACCAGACAAGAAAAUAGAAGCCAAUGAUCAAGUCUCCAGUCCCCCUAGAAAUUUGCUAUCUACUUCAGCUGUCAAGAAGACUACAUGGGAUUGCCCUUCAAAAAGCCAGAAGGAACCAGACCAGAGGAUCUACAAGAAGCCCAAUGUGGUAGUAAAGCCUUUACAGCUGCAAGGUGUGACAAACAAAUCAGAACUCAACUUGGCAGUGGCACAUGAUAUUCCACCAGAUGCUGUACAGGAAAAGAAGUUAUGCAGACUUCCACCACUAGAUACCAGUACCCUUGUGGCAGUCUUUGUGGAAUAUAUCAUCUCUCCUAGUCAAUUCUACAUCCGAAUCUAUAGCAGGGACUCAUCAGAACUACUUGAAGACAUGAUGAUUGAAAUGCGGCGUUGCUACUCUAACCAGCUGGUUUCUGAUCGAUACAUCAUGCCAGAAUGUUUUAUCCAGCCAGGACAUCUCUGUUGUGUAAGGAUUUCUGAGGAUAAGUGGUGGUACCGGGUUAUUAUCCAUCGACUCCUUGGGAAAGAGGAAGUUGAAGUGUUCUACCCAGACUUUGGAAAUAUUGGAACUGUUCAGACAUCCUCUCUGAGAUUUCUCAAGUGCUGCUAUACAAAGCUUCCAGCUCAGGCUAUCCCUUGUUCUUUGGCUUGGGUGAGACCAGUAGAGGAACACUGGACAUCCAAAGCUAUCUUGCACUUCCAGAAGUUGUGCGGCUUGAAGCCGUUGGUGGGGGUGGUAGAUGAAUAUAUAGAUGGAAUCCUUAACAUUUUUCUGUGUGAUACAUCCUCAAAUGAAGAUGUCUAUUUCCAUCAUGUCUUGAGAACAGAAGGCCAUGCUAUUGUUUGCCGAGAAAAUGCGCCAUCUAAGGGUUUCAGAGAUCUCAACCCUUUAGCUUUAUACACUAACUCUGUUGGUCUGCCAGAUGAAAUGAUCUUGACAGAAUUGGGUUAUCCUUCUCAGCAGCACUAUUUUAAUGAAGACUGGGAGAUAAGUCUACAAUCCAAACAAGAUAUUAGUGAUGAAAAGUCUUUAAGUAACUGUAAACCUGUGUCAAAGGAACUGUUGGAGGAUUCUAAACUCAGUUCACUGAAAAUCCCUAAGAGCUGUGAAAAAGAACCAAAGUGGUCCUUGCUUCAGCCAAAGGAUCUGAAAGAAGAUAAUGAGGAUGAGAUCCCCAUGGGGAUGCCAUGCCUGGAGUCAGUGACCAUAGGUGGUGAUAUUUGGGAUGAGAACUGGCUGCCUGUACAAGCUAAACUGGGAAAAGGAGAUGAUCCUGCCUCCCAUCUGUUUACCUCAAGCCUUGUUGGAAAGAAACAGUCUCCAUCAUGUGAAGAAAUGACACAGAAGGAUUGGUGUUUUUCUACAUCUGAGGAUACGUGGGAUGAUUCAUGGCAGCUAGACCUUAUGAAUAAAAUUAAAGUAGAAAUUCAAACACCAGAAAAGUUGGAUGUUCAAAAAGAAAACACUGGCACAGCCAGCAUUCAAAUGCAACCAGACUUAAAGAAUUCUUUGGAUUCUUCCACACUGCUCAAACUGGAAGGGCUCUACAUUUCUCUCAUCCAGUCACAGCAGUCAUUAGAAGGGAGCCAGUGUGAGCCUCUCAGCAUUCAGAUUCAGCCAGAGCAUGUUCAUCUGUCCUCAGCAGUACCCAGUUCAGUUGCAGUGGGUGACUCCCCAGAAAAACACUCUGGUUCUGUGGAAAGCUUUCCAGAGAACCUAAAGGAUGAAGAUUUUUCUAUUAGCCGUGCUGUCACGCUAUUCAAGGACAGGAGUCAAGGAGCCAUAGACCAGCUUUCUUUCAUUUUGUCCCCCCAGCACCAGAGUUACAUUCCUAGGAGUACAGCCACUGCUGCCCUGGGAGCUGCUGCACGGCUAGCCACCUCCAGGAACCUCCUGUACUGGUGUCCCAGGGUGAAAGGAUGGAAGCCUGAGGGACAGGAGGCAGACAAGUUUGAAGGGAAAUAGUGCUUCAGUACUGACACUUGGUCUUUCUGUGAGACCCUAUGCUAGCUUCAUUUUGCUAACUGAUGUGUAAAUAUUUUGUUAACUUUUAUUUU